UCCGGUCACAGAGGACGCUCACACUCUAUCUCUCUCUCUCUUUUUCUUUUCUCUCUCUCACUAUGGACUCUUCUGUUCCGGGCGACUUUCCACACAGCAGCAAAGACGACAUGCUGGAGUUAAACAAACAGCUGGAGAAAAUGAUCGAAGACGUUGAGAAAAUAGCAGUUCAGCUCAGCUGGCUGUCUUACGACAUGGUGGCCCUUAGGACCAGUCCUGAGUUGGGGGCUGGUCUGCAGAAAAUGGAAGAAGCUUAUCACAGAUGCAGAGAUGCUGUGUGUGCAGGCCCCGACAAGGAGCCAGAGAUGAACAGCAGCACUGAGACUGCCGAUGUCUGAUGUUUUAUCACAGUUAUGGAAUAGAGAUAGUAAAAGUUUGUGUUGUUGCAUGAUAAAGUGAAUGCAUUCUUUUUUGUCAGCGUGUCAUUUUGAAACGCUUGGCUCUUCAGUGAUAGCACAUUUCUUGUAUGUUCAGUCAGCUGCAUGUUCUUGUGUUUUU